AUGUCUAAUAUACUUUGGUGUAUGGGCACCACCACUACCACCACCAUCCAACAACAACAACAAGAGGUACUAUUGGAACGUGAUAUGGAAAGGGAAUAUAAUUACUUAUCUAAUAAGGGAAGAGCAGGACGAGCAGGAGCAGGAGCAGGAGGAAACUAUACUACUACUAGUCGUGUUAUCAAUAUCAAUGCUAUGACCCUUAAUGAUCCCACAUACAUCUUUACUAUU